GAGAAAAGAGUGUGAGAGUAGUGGAGAGGAUUUCAGAGCUGUGUCAUUGACAUGGUGAUCAGUCUGACCGUUUAGACAAGGAGGAAACAUUAGCUCGAGAUAUCUUCGCUAUUGUCUAACCUUUAAGCAGCGGGCGGAGGAAAGGAAGUCAACAUCUAGAUGGAUAUGUGUUCGUGAGAAGAGGAAUAAGCCGAGUGGAGGGAGAGAGACUGAAAGGCAGACUCGCCCAGGAUUGAAUUAAUCAGAAAUUAUGUCUCGAUCGGCGUUGCUGCAGCCAGCGAGAUGAUGUUGAGGGGUGCUGAGGGAUUGCUAUUGGGAGUGCUGCUGGCCGCGCUUGGCUCACUCUGCGCCAAGGAGACUGCUUUUGUGGAAGUGGUGCUGUUCGAGUCCAGUCCCAAUGGGGAAUAUACAACUUUCACAACCGACUUGCAGGGACGUUUCUCCCGGGCAGGAGCCACCAUCAGCGCCGAGGGAGAGAUUGUGCAGAUGCACCCGUUGGGACUAUGCAACAACAAUGAUGAGGAGGACCUAUAUGAAUACGGAUGGGUAGGAGUGGUGAAGCUGGAGCAACCAGAACUGGAUCCCAAACCCUGUCUCACUGUGCUGGGCAAGGCUAAACGGGCAGUCCAGAGAGGUGCAACAGCUGUCAUCUUCGAUGUAUCUGAAAACCCAGAUGCCAUUGACCAGUUGAAUCAAGGCUCCGAGGAUCCACUGAAACGGCCAGUGGUUUAUGUCAAAGGUGUCGAUGCAGUGAGAUUAAUGAACAUCGUUAACAAGCAGAAAGUGGCGCGAGCACGAAUCCAACAUCGACCGCCUCGGCAGCCCACAGAAUACUUUGACAUGGGGAUUUUCCUGGCUUUCUUUGUGGUGGUAUCUCUGGUCUGUCUGGUUCUACUCAUUAAAAUCAAACUCAAGCAACGCAGGAGUCAGAGCUCAAUGAACAGAAUGGCAGUACAAGCCCUGGAGAAGAUGGAGACAAGAAAAUUCAAAUCCAAGAACAAAGCUCCGAGAGAAGGCAGCUGUGCUGCUUCGGACACACUCAGUAGCAGUUCCACAUCAGACUGCGCUAUCUGCUUGGAGAGAUACGUCGAUGGAGAGGAGCUGCGAGUCAUUCCAUGCACACACCGGUUUCACAAGAAAUGUGUGGACCCCUGGCUCCUCCAGCAUCAUACAUGUCCGCACUGCAGGCACAACAUCAUCGAGCGAAAGAAGGAAAGCAAUGGCCCCAUUUGCAUGGAGGCUGAGAGCCAAGGCCGCAGCAGGCAGCGAGUGGUGCUUCCUGUCCACUACCCUGGGCGUGUUCACAGGACCAGCCAGCUGACCACAUACCCCACCAGGACCAGCAUGGACCCACGUGGAAAUCCUGUCACUGUGCUAACAGUGGACCAGCACAGUGACCAGGGCCUAUACCCAGCAGCACAGUCAAGCUCCUAUGUCAGGAGUUACCCGCCCGUCCACAGUCUGAGCACUCAUCAUUGUAACUUGGAACAUCGGGCCUAUCCUCAGGCCCACGGCCUCAGGAGGCCAAAAUUUAGUGGGCGGAGCUACUCAAGGGCAGCUUGCUUUUCCCAGUAUGAAACCAUGUAUCAACAUUACUACAUUCAAGGACUCAGCUAUCCCCAGACAGAAUCUCAGGCGGGGAUUGUUAAUCACAAGGGGGCCUCCCGUGCAUUUCAGUCCAGUGGGAGCAUGCUGUAUCCCACUGUGGUUCACAUUCCACCAUCCUCCCAGCUGGACGGAGGCAGCACCUCAAGCUUCAGCUGUUACCACAAUCAUCGAUCAGUCUGCAGCGGUUACCUGGCAGACUGCCCCGGCAGUGACAGCAGUAGCAGUAGUAGCAGUAGCUCGAGGCAGUGCCACUGUUCCUCCAGUGACUCCAUGUUGGACUGCACCGAGGUCAGCAACCAGGGCGUCUAUGGCAGCUGUUCGACCUUCCGCAGCUCCCUGAGCAGCGACUACGACCCCUACGUCUAUCGGAGCCGCAGCCCCUGCCGGGCCCUGGACUCGGCUUCAGGCAGGGUAGGGCGCUCCUUGACCCCGGGCCCUCAGGAGGAUGAGCUGCCGGCCUACAGCUGCCCGUCACCCGGUGGCGAAGGCAGGCUGCUCCAGGCCCCAUCGCCGGGAGACCAUCUGUCAAACUGCAGCAUGGACAUGAACUACAGCAGCCAUUCCUCACUGGAGUACAGGGAUUCGAACGCUUCUACCUCAGAAGGUAGGCCCGACUGCUCCUCUGGGUCUACUGCGGACAGUACGCAGAGCUGGUGUGGGCCGGAGGUGGCUGGGGCAGCCGCCCCUCAGCAGGCCUGUGCUCAUUGUUUCGGCGAAACCCACCCUCUGGACUGCAAGGGGGCCGAGGACUGGCGAGUAGAGGGUCACUGCUUCUCGCUGCUGAGCGGGCGGCGCUGUGACGAGUGUGGGACGAGCGCGGAUUCUCGGGCUGCAUCACAGAGUUUGUACAGUGUUCCCCACACGGGCCCGUCGUGCCGGACCGAGGCAGGCAAUUACGAGGGCUUGCCCUGCUGUUUCUAUGAGGAGAAACGGGCACGACGUGGCAGCCAUUUUGCCGAGGACUAUGCAGUCAGUGUGCAGUACACCCUAGCCGACGAGUCGCCGCAUGAAUACUACCCAGCCUCCUCCUCCAUUUCAGCCAACCUCCCCGGCCUCUGCGAGCUGAGCCAGCGCAUUCCCAUAAUCCCCGAGGACACAGAUGGCGACACAGCCACGUCUCAGGAUUGCGAGGCCACCAAGCUCUGCAGGCCGGGGGCCACGCCCUUGGAGCCGGAGAGAACGCGGAGAGCCAGCUUGCCCCCUCUCUCAGGCUUGCCUGACCAAGAGGCCGCCUUCCAGAACAUUUGCUCCGGGCUGCACGAGUCUACCAUGAGAGGUCAUUCAGCAGGAUCCAGACCAUGUCUAAUUUUGCAAAAGGACAGUUCCACUGAGCAGGACAUCUGAUGUUUUAAAAUAAAUAUAUGUGUAUAUAAGUACGGAGAUACGGGAAGCGAUCAAUAAGACUCCAAACUCAGUCCCUGUGCGACUGUUUUAGCUUUGACAAAACACACAGAAGUGGUAAUGCGGAUGAACACGCAAAAUCUGAAGCAUCUUCCCACAACUGAGCUCAAGCUUCGUGUCCUUGUGAUUCCAAGACAAACGUUCUGCUGUUAUUUAAAACCCCUGCUGUCCUUCGUCGCAAGGCAACGAUACUACUGUUGUCAAGGAACGUCAGGAAGAAAAAAAAACUUUGAUCCAUAGACUGAGGGAUUUUUUUUUUUGAGCCUUCCGCAUGCUCAGGGUUAUGGUUGCCUUAGUAAGUCAGCAAUACGAAAUGUGGGAAUAGAAAAUGGAGAGAUGG